AUUCGCUAAACCUGAGUGACUAACACACCCUAACACUUAUAAGGAUACAAUCAUAAAUCUCUCGUAAAGAACACGCUUCCGCAGUAAAGAUUUGAGCAGACAAUUGUUAUUCAGAUAUGAAUGAGCUAGAUUUGAUAAAAGAAGUGGAAAAGCGUCCAAUAUUGUAUGACAAAUCAGUGAGUGGAUUUAAUAAGACCAAACUGAGGGACGACGCUUGGAAAGACGUGCAGGAAUCACUCCAUGUGUCUGAAUCGGAGUGCAAAAAAAGAUGGAGAUCCCUCCGAGACUCAUUCAUAAAGUUGCAACGAACGCACGGCGGACGCACACGGUGGCCAUAUCAUCAUGCCAUGCGGUUCCUGCUGCCGCACAUUGAGCCGAAACCAGAAGGAGGAUCUAAAAAAGACGAAGACUCAGAUGCAGAAGAAGAAGCAGCUCGUCAACGUGCUAUAUCAAACCUGCCUGACCUCUCAUCCUUCAACCACGACAAGUUCGACGAUGAUGAAGAUUCCCAACCGUCUCCGAAGAAACUCCGCCUAAACUCAACUGACGAAGAUAACCCUUGCCAAUGCAACCGAACCGAUCCUGAUGAACUAUUUCUACUAAGCUGCGCUCCGACACUAAAAAGAUUGAAUUCGAAAAAAAAUGCCGUCGCUAGACUUAAAAUACAGAAAGUUCUUUACGAAGCCGAAUUCGGUAACCAAACAGAGUUGCCAUACGCGAAGCCAACAAGCGAUUGUGGAUAUAAUGGUACAGAAUGAAUCAAAAGGAGUUAGAAGUAUAUAAGAACACAUUUUGUUGAAUAGGUAUUUACAGUCUAAUAUUUAUGAGUGAGGAGAGCCUGACACGAUUUAUGUAUAGAAUUAGCUACAUAAAUGAUUCCCGAAUUAAACUUAGGUAUGAUCAGUAUCCAGGCGAAACAGUUUAACGACGAAAAACUCAUGACAUUGUUCAAACUUACAAGUAGCUGCCAUUUCUAUGUUGUGUUGGACUAAACUAGCUAUUCGUCAGCGUACGACCGGCUUUUAGUUGACCUACAGGGGUGUAGCUUUUUAUCAUUAUAAUUUUAUAUUUUCGUAAGGCAUGUCUAAUUACUUAUAUUUAAGCCUUAUAUUUUUCAUGUUCUUUAGAAUCGUACUCGUAUCGACUGCC